CGCCAUAAAAAAAAAUUCAACAACAACACCAAGAAGAAGAGGGAUCAAUCAUGUCUAAGUUCAGCUCAGUAAUUUGGCCUAAAGUUGUUUUAUUCGGUGACUCAAUCACACAGUUUUCCUUUCAGACUAAUGGAUGGGGAGCAGAAACUGCAAAUAAGCUCGCAAGAAAAUGUGAUGUUGUGAACAGAGGGCUGUCUGGCUACAACUCCAGAUGGGCCAAGAUCAUCCUUCCUCGCCUGAUCAGCAGCCAGAAUCCAGCAGAAAACCACAUUGCAGCCAUAACCGUCUUCUUUGGAGCCAACGAUGCUUCACUGGAAGAUAAGAACCCACAGCAGCACGUCCCUCUAAAUGAGUAUUCAGAGAACCUGAAGGAGAUCAGCAAGUUUCUGUCUUCAGCUGGUGUUUCAGCAGACAAGGUCAUCUUCAUCACUCCUCCUCCUAUUCAUGAGCCGGCCUGGGAGAAGGAGUGCAUCCUCAAAGGAUGUCCCCUCAAUCGGCACAACUCUGUGACGGGACAGUACGCUCAGGCCUGUGUUCAGGCAGCCGGUCAGUGUGGAUCAGAAGUUCUGGACCUCUGGACACUCAUGCAGAAAGACGGACAAGACUACACAGUCUACCUCUCAGAUGGGCUGCAUCUCUCAGAGAAGGGGAACCAGUUUGUGGCCCAGCACCUUUGGAGCAUAUUGGAGAGUCGCGUGGCUCACCUGCCCUUCAUCCUGCCUUACUGGGGAGACGUGGACGCCAAGAGCCCAGAGAGCAGCCUCCUCUGUGACGCAUGAGAGAAUGUUCCAGCAGCUAAAACCAAACUGGGUGGAACAUUUUGCAAAGGAAUCUUUUUUUUUUUUUUCAAAUGAUCAUGAAAUUAAAUCAAAUACUGAUGCUUAAAAUGUGCAAUAAAGAUGAUUUGUUUUUUUACAAAGAUG